AAGACUUUUCAGAAGAUGCCAAAGUUUUGGAGAUGGCAAUGGGAAUUGAAUGCUGUGGCCUUGAAACCAUCAAUUCAGUUCCAAGGGAGCCAAGGGCACAUCACGAUUCCUAGACCUGACUGCCCAACAGAAGUGCGAACAUUUACCUUUUACCUUUCAAAUAUUGGCAAGGACAGCCCCCAGGGGAGCUUUGACUGUAUCCAGCAGUAUGUAUCCAGCAGUGGGAAUAUCCAGCUGGACUGUCUUGGAAGCAUACAGGAUAAAAUCACUGUGUGCGCUACUGAUGACUCCUACCAGAAGGCAAAGGAGAGCAUGGCACAAGCUGAGGAGGAAACUCGCAGCCGAAGCGCAAUAGUCAUUAAACCUGGAGGGCGAUACAUGGGCAAGAAGGUUCAGGUGCGUAAACCGGCACCAGGAGCUUCUGAUGCUGUUCCCUCAAGGAAGCGCCCAACACCAAUCAACCUUGCCAGUGCAAUAAAGAGAGGCAAUAGUGCGAUUUCCCAGAGACCCUUCAGAGAUAGGGUUGUGCACUUACUGGCACUAAAGCCCUAUAAGAAACCUGAACUUAUUCUCAGAUUGCAGAAGGAUGGACUUUCCCAGCAGGACAAGGAUUUGCUGGACAGCUUCCUGCAGCAGGUGGCAAAUCUGAGUGCCAAGGACAGCACUUUUACAUUGAAAGACUGCAUGUACAAAGAGGUGCAGAAGGACUGGCCUGGCUACUCUGAAGGAGAUCAGCAGCUACUGAAGAGGAUACUUGUUCGGAAACACUGUCAGCCCCAGAACAGCAGCAGCCUUCCAGCGGAUGCUUCUUCCCUUAGUCCGCCAAAAGACCACACGAACUCUGCGUCGCCACCGCAGGUGGGUGGCAAACCACUGGGAUCGAAACGCUCCCAGCCCCUGGAGUUCAUCGAUCUGCCAGUCAGCAAGAAGUCGAGGAUAUCGCACCUGGCCCACAGAACUCAGCCCACUUUCAAUGGGAAACUCAACUCCUCCAACGGGAAAGAGGCGCCUGCUCCAGCCGUGCCAUCAGCUGCAGCUGAUUCCACUGGCUCCAGCUCCCACUUGCCGGUUUUGGAGCUGCCGCGGCCUCACGACCCCCUUUCGGAUGUCAGCAAUGACCUGAGUCACAACGGCAGAGACUGUGAGAACCCCGAGGCAGCUGACAGACUGGCGAAUCCUUUGUCAACAGACUGUGCCCAAACCAGCAAGCUCCCCUCUAGCUCCUUGCACGUGAAAAGCAAGAAAAAAUCCAAAAAGCACAAAGAGAAAGAGAGAAAAGAGAAGAAAAGCGAUGAGAAGUGCAAAGAGGAGAAGCAGGACUGUGAAGCAAUCAAGAACGCUGGCUUAAUCGGUGCCCCCCAGGAUGUCCCAGGUUUAAAUGGAACAUGCAAUAACUCUACUGUACCAACGUUAACUUCAGAAAUGCCUGAUUAUUUAUUGAAAUACGCAGCCAUUUCCUGUUUGGAGCAGCGUCAGAGCUACAAGAACGACUUCAACGCAGAGUACAAUGAGUACAGAGACUUGCACGCCCGGAUAGAAAGGAUAACCCGCCGAUUCACACAGCUGGACUCGCAGCUAAAGCAGCUUUCGCAGGGCUCGGAAGAAUACAAGACUAUCCAUGAUCAAAUUUUACAGGAAUACCGGAAAAUUAAAAAGACGAACCCGAAUUACAGUCAGGAGAAGAACCGCUGCGAAUACCUCCACAACAAACUGGCUCACAUAAAAAAAUUGAUAGCAGAGUAUGACCAACAGCAGUUUUAGUCCUGGCUCUAGGAUCUGGACAGGGAAGGGUAAAAACAUUGACCUGGACAUUACUGCCCCUUCCACAACAAGCCGGGAUUCCUUUUGGAGAGGAGCACUAAGGCCUCAUAGCUGGAAGAACUUGGGGAUGAUUUGUGAUGGCGAAUUGGCCCGAGCCAGGGAGCAGUGCCCGGCAUGGUCCUCUCAAGCAUCCCCUCUCCAAACAUUGGAAUGUACAAAAGGAAAAUCUGCUGUUUUUUUUUUUUUGUUUUGUUUUUUGAAGCCAGCAUUUGACACUUAAGGGAAAACUCACCCCAGGCAAACGCAACUCCCAAAGGUAAAGAGCUGGUGGUUUUCUCAGAUUCAGGUUUGGAGCGGCGUGGAGCUGUCCCAGCCCGGCACUGCCUGUUCUGUUCUGUUCUGCAAAUGGCGAGGAACUGGAAUGCUGCUAGGUUACCACCUCCUCCUCCGGCACCCGCGACUGUUCCUGUGCAAGCGGCUCAAGCUCCGCACACGAGCAGCGCGAGGCCUGGGGGAUUUGGAUGGAUCGUCCUGUCCAAUCUGCGCCCGCCGGGCCGGGUGUCGGCCGGAGGAGACUGCGCUGCCCCUGGAGUCUAGCGCUGAUGCCAGAUGCCUCAUACCUGGAACCUUUCCUGCAGCGCACGCUUGGAACGGGUGGCACAGACUGGGCCGACCGCUGCGGUGUGUGAGGCCGGAAGCCGGAGACCUGCCCGUCUGACUUUUUUCUAGUUUUAUACCAAGACAGCCAAUUUUAUUAAUUGCUAAUGAGACUAUGGUCUAUUUUUGUAUAAAAAAAGAGCAUCUUUUCUAAACCUGUGCCUCCCUUUUCCUUUUAGGCCAAGUGUUUCCAAACCUGUCCUGUCUCUCGCUGCAGUAUUACUAACGCUGGUUGGUAGCUACCCAGAUAAGUUAUUUUGUUACUGCAGUGACCUGCCGGAGGGGCUCGGAUGGGUGCUGUUCUGUUCUGUUUUGUUCCGUUUUGCACAUUUCCAAAGAAGCUGCAGCAGUGAGUCGGGUGCCGGAGCAGGUGCCUGAGCCUGCCGUGGCAGCCAGCUCCCAUGUCCACGGCAGUCCCUGGCGCUCGUGCUCCGUCCCCCCUGCUUUGUUGCAGUCUUUUCUCUCUGGUGGCAUGAGGAACUAGCCCACAAGCACAGAGGUGCCCUCUGUACCACGGUCUGUGCCACUCUGCUCCUGCCAGCCCUACAGCGUUUCGUUCCUUCCCUCUUCCACGUCGCUCGGAGCCGAGGGUCCUGCCCACUGCCUCGAGCGCUGGCAGGGAGGAGGAAGGAAGCCAGCCUUGGGUGGUCAGAGACUCCCUUUGCUCCACUGUCCCUGGGGCCUCAAGUCCAUCAGAUGCGACGGUUCCGCAGAGACGGGGCUUUUGCGGUGAGGGCUGUUGGCUUGUCGCCUGGGGCAGCCGCUGCUGGAGUUGUACAUAGUUUUUAAAGUGUUUGGUGUUCUCUUCCCUGCCUUGUCCAGACACGAGCAGGAUCCUAGCGCAUCUCCACCCCGCGCUCCCUCCCCCGGGAUCUUGGCGUUCCAUUGUCAGAGAUGGACGAGUGCCGAAGAGAGCAUGUCCCGCGGCUCGAGCCGUGUUGAGCACGCUAGCUCCAGCACAGUGGUUCUCCAGCCAUGCUCUGUGGACAGCCAGCUGGCCACUGAGCCCCUCCGGCCGGCAUCGCAAAGGCCUGACAGUGAGGGGAUCAGUGAGGAGCUGGGAGAGAGAAGGGCCCACAGGGCUCUGCUCCCUGCAGCAGACUGGUCCCUGCCAUUUAUUCCUCCUUCAGAUCACGCCAUAGGAUAAAGUCCUAGCAAGCAUCUGAAGUCUCGAGGAACACUUGGCUCGCACCAUUCCCCUGCCCCGAGAGCUUGUUGGAGCCGCGUAGGGCAGGGGAAGGCAGGUCCUGGCAUAGGGGCCAGCUGUCUGUCCGCAGCAUUACGCAUCUCUGGGCGCUUCCCUGUGGCGAGGAGAGUCGAUUCCAAGCGAAAGCUUCGGUCCCAGCAGGGUGGGUCUGCAUAUCCCCCCUUCCACAUCAAAUCUGGCAGGCGUGGGAGGCGUUUGGGUUCUGCUGCUCCCCACUAGCACCAGUGUCAGGGGAAGGCCCCAGCAUCCCUGUCUGCGCUUGGAUCCUGCUCCUGUCGGGCCCCAAAGCCCUGCUGCCCCACGUCCGCGUGGACGGCACUGGAGUCCAGACGUGUCGCUGCCUCCCUGCUCCAGGGCUCCCUCCCCCUUGUUUGCAGACAUAGGGUCCGUGCCUGGAAAGCUCCUGUGGUCCCUUGGGCAUGCCACGAGAGCUUCCCCGCCAGCUCGGUCAGCGCCAGCCUUCCCUGCGGUGGCAGGAAGCCGCACCUUCCUGGUGACAGCACGAGAUCUGUGCCACGAGGCACCAUCUCCUGAAGUCCCCAGAGCCUGGCUCGUGGUGUUGGCACGUGUCGGUCAGCAGAGACGGUGUCUGUACAAACGAGCCCAGGUCCGUUUGCUCUCGUGAGCAGAAGGAACCGCAGACCUCGAGUGGCCGAAGAGGCGGCCGUUCGGCCCCCGAGCUGAACAGAUUCUUCCGUGGAAACACUUCUUGUUCUGCUCCUUCGUGUUUGGAAAGGGGUUUUUGCAAUUUUAGGGGGGGGUUGUUUUUUUGGAAGGAAGGAAAUGGAGAUGGAUCUCAAUCUUUAUACACCUGCUAUAAGAUAUUUUUGCAAACAGAGUUGUAUACGGAGAUGUAUUGUGUACAUUUACAUGUAUAUUCUGGAACUUCUAAAAAUUGGAAUAUAAAACUGAAAAUAUUUAAUGAAUAUCCAAACUGUGAGACCCAAUUAGCAUUCAACUAUUUUCUGCUUCACUUUUUUUGGACUGUGUUAAAGAAACGUAGUCAAAUCUGCCUUUUUCUUUUCUUUUCUUUCUUUUUUUUUUACCUUUUAGCUAUUAUGAAGCUAGGCAAAUUUUGUGCUUUUUGGGUUAAUAGAAACCAGUUGUAGGUGACCUAAGUCUGAUCUAACUUAUUGAUCCCGUGUUUUCCUUUGUAAUAUUGUACUGUGGAUACAACUAUAUUGAGCCAUGGAGUUGGAGUUUACAAAGAGCUUUUCACUUUGCCAAAAUGUUACGAUUUCAAGGCAGCAGCAGAGUCUUCAGCUUGCCUCAUCUUUUCUUAAAAGAGCUAGUGUCCUUUUGUACACUAAAAAGCUGAAUGCUGAUUUUGCAACAUAUAAUAAAUUCACUGUAUUGGA